CACCAGUCUCAGGGGCGGUCAACUUGUUUUCAAAAGGAAACUGCAGGAAGAAGGAGUAGGAAGCAGCGUCCUUGGAGGAGAAGCUGAGUCUGUAGUGGUUUGUGCCAACCUCCCCGUUGACACUCUGCGGCUGGAUGCCUGGUACCUGCACGAGCAAAUCAAUUGAAGAAAAUGAAGUAUAUUUACCAAAUGAUGAACUUUGGGUCUAUGAAAUUGACACUGCAUUAUGGACAAUGCACCUAAUGGAAGGAGAGUUACCUACCUCUAUGUCAGGAAGCUGUGGAGCUUGCAUUAAUGGGAGCCUGUACAUAUUUGGUGGAUUUGAUGAUAAAGGAUACAGUAAUCGGCUAUAUUAUGUUAAUUUGCGAACAAAAAAUGGAACCUAUAGGUGGAAAAAAAUUACAUAUUUUAAAGGUCAACCUCCUACACCACGUGACAAGCUUUCCUGCUGGGUGUAUAAGGACAGGUUAAUAUAUUUUGGUGGUUAUGGAUGUAGGAAACACAGUGAACUGAGUGACUGUUUUGAUGUUCACGAUGCAUUUUGGGAAGGGCAAAUAUACUGGGGAUGGCACAAUGAUGUUCAUGUCUUUGAUACAAACACACAAACUUGGUUUCAGCCAACAAUUAGAGGUGGAGAGCCACCUCAGCCUCGAGCAGCACAUACAUGUGCUGUGCUGGGAAAUAAGGGUUAUAUCUUUGGAGGACGAGUACUGCAAAGUAGAAUGAAUGAUUUGCACUGUCUGAACUUAGAUACCUGGACUUGGUCUGGAAGAAUUCAUACUAAUGGAGAGAAACCAAAAGAUCGAUCUUGGCACACUUUGACCUCUGUAGGGGAUGACAAGCUUUUCCUCUUUGGUGGACUGAGUUCAGAUAAUGUUCCACUCAGUGAUGGUUGGAUUCAUAGUACUACAACAAAUGGAUGGAGACAACUUACCCACUUACCGAAGAGCAGGCCUAGGUUGUGGCAUACAGCCUGUCUUGGCAAAGAAGGGGAGGUGAUGGUAUUUGGUGGAAGCAAAGAUGAUUUGCAUUUCAUGGACACAGGACACUGCAGUGACUUACUGAUCUUUCAGACAGAACCAUACUCGCUUCUUAGGUUGUGCCUUGACUGCAUUGGUAAAAAUGCCACUUUUUUAAAGACUCAAAUAUCCUGGUUACCACCCAGACUUUUACAGCAAGUAUUGAAAAAGAUAACCUUUUGGGCUGCAGUUAAAUAUCGUCAGGAGAAAAGAGCUGAAACUGAAAGACAAGAUCAAAUAAGUGUCACCUGAGCAACAGUAAUAAAAUUAUUGAACACUACAUGUAAUUACAGUGUACAGCAAAGUUUGUUAGUUGCUACUGUAUUUACUAAUGCUACAAAUAAACUGUUUGUUUAGCUGAGCUUUGAACAAGUUUGAACAAGUAAAUCCUUUUUGUUUCCUGAAGUGUAAGAAAGAGGUAUAUAUUGUAUAUAUGAUAAUAAUUCCACCCCCUUCAGAUUUUUUAGGUUAAUUUUUGCUGUUGUGGUCUUAAUGAGCCAGUUCUUAAUACUUAUUCCUUCUGAAUGAAAGUCACAUAGCAUAUAGAACCUUUUCAGAGGGAUAAAAUGUCUUAGAUUUAAAAUCUUAUUUUCAAAUUUGGCACAUCAGCACCUGCUGAAAUUAGUUUGGCACAAUAUUUUGAUAAGCUGUACUUUUGCAAUUAUUAAAAAACAAUUUAUAUUAUUAUGGUUAUAAUUCCAAAUGCUAUUAUUUGAUGUGACAGCACACGUGCAAGCCUAAUUAUUGAUACUUGGAGCUAACAAUCCUACUCAAAAGCAGAGAAAUCAACAAGUUGUAUAACUGUGGACAUUAAAUGAGCUCCGUUAUUUGUAUAUGGAAAUACAAAUACAGUUCAUCUGUGUUUCACUAAUUCUGUAAUCAGUGAAACUUUUUCAAAAUAGAUUAUAUAUAUAUUGUAUUUUGGAUAUGUAAAUUUUAUAUUUUAGGUUUGAAAUAUUUUAUGUUUAUUUAUUGUUAAAAGUAUAUAUAUUAUUUACUAUUUUCCCAUCUGUUUCAAGCAUUCAAUUAAUAGAGAUGCUGUCAUUAAUGUUUUAUGUAUGCAACAUAUUUGAAUGUAGACCAGUUUUGAUUAGUUUUUACCAUUUUUACAGUUUGACUAUAAAACCUAUGUAGGAAAGGAAGUUUUAUACUGAAUAUAUAUCUUAAGGGAAAUACUUGGUGACCGAAUAUCACAGUUAAGCCAUACUUUCAUACUUCCUUCAACUAAGAAGCCAUUUGAUUUUUUUUUUCUUAAAAAAAAUCUGCUAAUGGGAAUUAAAAUUGUGGUCUUUAUGUUAAAAAGAAUUCCCCCACGCAUGUAAACCAUUCAGAUUACUGAAGUGGUCCCAGGGGGUUUAGGAUUUUCUCAGGUGAUGACCACAGUAUCAACACUCUGCACUUGUUAAUGUGUUAUUGCAUAUGCAGCAUUUACCCCACAUAGCAAGGAAAUAUUUCAGAUAAACCCUGUUGCAAUGCUUAUAUUAAUUACUAAUAAUUGCUCUGACCCAGAUCCUGCAGGAACUCUCAUAUAUUUAACUUAAUCCAGUAGAACAAAAUAGGUUUUAAAUGGGAUGAUUUAAAUGCUGAAACAUACAUCUGAUUCUUUGAAGAAUCAAAGCUUAUGAGAGCGCUUCAGACCCUCCUUUGAACUGCUCUGAUCAAAUCUGAAAACCUUCCUCUACUUCCAUCCUCAGUUUUUAUGAUUGGAAAUCAAAAAAAUUGAAAAUGCUUUUGGAUGUAUUUCUUUCAUGUGUAUACAUAUAGGUUUGCCAGAUAAAGGGGGCAAGGAUAGUUAUUUGGAAUUAAUAGAAAUUUGUAGGAGGCAGCUUUUGGAUUGAGUAUCUCCAUCAGUGCCACUGAGGACAAUUUCCCCUCAGAUGUAGGUAGUAAUACUCAGCUGUGGUGUUCUGCUUCACUGCAUAUGCAAAACUCCCAGGGAUAUCAGCAAAAAGAUUUGCAUGCUUAGAAGAUCCUACUUUUCUGUUAUACAGAUGUGAGAAGAGACUUUCGCCUACAGUCGAGGAGACGAAUCAGAAUAUCCUGGGGGCAUCUUCAGUUCGUAAUCCUUUUGCUUUAUUUCUUCUGUUGCACCUGUGCCACUGUCAACAUUUACAAUUGAGGGAGUGUGAAGACAAAACUAGGGACAUGCAACAGCACAUCCAGUGCACUAGUAGGACAGUUGCUGGUGGACAUUUAUCACAGUCAGAAGUAAGGGAGGUGUAAUGUCGUAUUUCAGGUUGCAGUGGAAAUACUGGAUCAAUUAAUACAAAGAAUGUUGUUGUUGGUGCACUUGGGAAAGGCUCUUGGAGAAAGAAGCAUUAGCUUAAGCAGGAGUGAAAACACAGGGAACUUUCUUCAGUAGAGACUGAGUUCAGAUUUUGUUCCAGACGUUAUAAAAAGUGCCUUUAGCACCAUGUUUUUUUAAAUCCGUGUUUCAUAGGAUUUGCAGUAGUUCCUUGUUUACUGUUAAAGAUAAAAUACAAUAAAAUACAGGUUUUU